AUGGCGUCUCAGCCGCCGCCGCCCCCGAAGCCCUGGGAGACUCGCCGGAUUCCGGGGGCCGGGCCGGGGCCAGGACCCGGCUCCGCUUUCCAAUCCGCUGAUUUGGGUCCUACUUUAUUGACAAGACCUGGACAACCAGCACUUACCAGAGUGCCCCCACCUAUUCUUCCAAGGCCAUCACACCAGACAGGAAGUAGCAGUGUGAACACUUUCAGACCUGCUUACAGCUCAUUUUCUUCAGGAUAUGGUGCCUAUGGAAAUUCGUUUUAUGGAAGCUAUAGCCCUUAUAGUUAUGGAUAUAAUGGGUUAAAUUAUAACCGCCUCCGUGUAGAUGAUCUUCCGCCUAGUAGAUUUGUUCAGCAAGCUGAAGAAAGCAGCAGAGGUGCAUUUCAGUCCAUCGAAAGUAUUGUACAUGCAUUUGCCUCUGUCAGUAUGAUGAUGGAUGCUACCUUUUCAGCUGUGUAUAACAGUUUUAGGGCUGUAUUGGAUGUAGCGAAUCAUUUUUCCCGAUUAAAAAUACACUUCACAAAGGUUUUUUCAGCUUUUGCAUUAGUUAGGACUAUAAGGUAUCUUUACAGACGGUUACAGCACAUGAUAGGUUUAAGAAAAGGCUCCGAGAAUGAGGACCUAUGGUCAGAAAGUGAAAGAACUGUUGCUAGCCUUGGUGCUGAUGACAGAGCGGCUAACUCAGCAAAAUCUUGGCCAAUAUUCUUAUUCUUUGCUGUUAUCCUUGGUGGUCCUUACCUCAUCUGGAAACUGCUGUCUACCCACAGUGACGAAAUAACAGACAACACCAACUGGGCAAGUGGUGAGGAUGACCAUGUAGUUGCUAGAGCAGAAUAUGAUUUUGCUGCCCUAUCUGAAGAAGAAAUUUCUUUCCGUGCUGGUGAUAUGCUCAACUUAGCUCUCAAAGAACAGCAACCUAGAGUGCGUGGUUGGCUGCUGGCUAGUCUUGAUGGUCAAACAACAGGACUUAUACCUGCGAAUUAUGUCAAAAUCCUUGGUAAAAGAAGAGGUAGAAAAACACUGGAAUCCAGUAAAAUUUCCAAGCAACAACAGCCUUUGACCAACACAACAUUAAUUAAAGGAGCCACAGCUGCUGAUUCUUUGGAUGAACAGGAAGCUGCCUUUGAAUCUGUUUUUGUUGAAACCAGUAAGGUUCCAGAUGUACCUAGUGCCACUGGAAUAGGUGGAGAUAAACAAGAUCUUUGA